AUGGCUUUUGGGAUUUGUCUCAGUGUAACCUUGCUCCUGUCUGUGUGGACAACUGCAAAAUGUGAUAUUCCCAAUGGAGUUCAUAUGGAGUGUCGUGAUCGUUACUUCAUGAUAGCUGUUGAUCUCUCCUACUCUGGGAAUGAACCUUCCUUUGAGGCGGUUGAUGAGACCGGUGUGUACCCCAUCACUAAGGAAUAUGCAGCAAAGUGUGGCUACAGUGUCAGUGUGGUCCCUGCAUUGGAACAUCUGGCGCUCCGAGCCUCUUACUUCAGUUGCCACACUGACAACAAGGAGGAUGAAGUGUUCACAUUCAACAUCAACCUGAUUAUGACACAGAAAGGAAAGGAAGUCACCUAUGCUUUGACCCAAACCUGUUCUCCCCCUCUUCCCUGGUCUCCCAAAGAAGUCACCUGUGAGGUCAACUACAUGGAAGUGUCUGUGAGGAGUGAUGUGGCCUGUCCAACUGGGACAAAGAAGGCUGACUGGGAUACUAUUUUCAAAAGGGCCUAUGCCUCAGCCUCUUCAGAUUGGCAGGUGAUGUUUCAGAGGGAGCAGCCAGGGUUGUUUCCCAUUAGCCUCAACACGGCUAAGAUGCAUGGAUACACAUUUGACUUGACAGAUGGAAGGCUUGUAUUUCGUACUCCGUAUGGACAACCUGACUCAUACACCACGGAGGUGAAUGGUGUUCCAGUAGAGGUGGUCCAUGCAACCCUAUUGUCCCGACUAAGCUGGGUUUCAGUCGUGGUUGACCUGGUGGCUGCUUGCUCCAUGCAUAAAGGAUCAUAUAACAAAGGUUACAUUACUUGGGAAGCUUCUGAGGUGCCGCAUCCAUGGGUGUCGGAUCUAAACCAGAUGCAGGUCAACAUUGGCGUCGAUGGUGAACUUGUGCCGCAGCCAGUUGCGGAGAAGAGGGGCUACAUUGCGACGCGGCACAACUCCACAGUUGAGAUCAGCAUCCCCUAUAAGGCUGAAGGAGUGUAUAGAAAGAGCAUUGCAUCUGGGAACCUCUAUGAGUUCUCCAUCUUUAAUCUCUACUUGGAGCAAAUCUCAAUGGAUGAAGAUCAUGGUGACACCAGACUUCGUGUUCACAGGACUCUGGCAACUCCCUUGCUGCCAUGCCCGAUUUUCACAGAAAAUAGAACGGUUUUUGAGGCGCACGCCUUCACGGCCUACCUCGGGGGCAUCCCUGCAGAUGUUGAGUUGGUUGCCAUUAAUUUGAAUGGACAGGAAUUUGCCUUUACAAAUGCAAGCAGCCACAACAUCACAAAAGUAGUCUAUCCCAACCACACUCAUGGCUACGUUCUGAAGGUGCCUUUUGAUGACCCUGUUGUCAUGCAGAAGUUAAUCAAAGAUGCAACAAUUCAGCACAGGCUGGACAUCAACUACACCCUGACUGUUCUGCCUGAAAAUGAGCCCUUUUACCAACUAGCAUCUGUGAUGGUGGUAACCGAUGCCUCCCCUUCAGCCCUUAAUGCUGUCUGUUCGGAGUCUGGCAUCAGCUUUAAACUGGACCACCGGCCUAUUCUCCCCUUGUGGGAGAUCAGUAUAGGCUCAGAGCUGCUGACAUCAGAGCUGGCAGCCAAGUACGGCUACAUCAUGAGCAACAAUAGCCAGAGACUGCUGCUCGAGGUGCCAAUCUUCACUCAUGGCUACAAGUACAAGAACAUUACUUUAAAGGACUUCGUUGGCACUUUUGAGCUCCUCAUGCGGAAUCGUGAAACCGAGGUCCAAAUUUCCACUGUCCAGACUUGUCAGUUCUCUGCUACUGAACUCAUUGUAUGUUCGGCUGAUGGCAGGAUAACUGUGGUGGCUGACUUGUCUCUGGCCAUCGCAAGUGAAGGAGUUCCUGCUAGAAUCCACCUGGUAGACAAAAACUGUAGACCCAAAGAGAUGGACGGCACCAGGGCUCUGUUCUCCUUUCCAAUCAACAGCUGUGGAUCCACAGUCAAGCUUGGCGAGGAGUCUGUGACUUACAAAAACGAGAUCUUCUUCAGCAAGGAGUUGAAUGUGCCAACUGUCUCCAGCAAUUAUUUUGACAGGGUGACAAUCCAGUGUACAUAUGCUCUGGCUGGACUACUCUCAGUAUACAGGUUUCAGUCUGAUGCAGCUGGUGUUGGUCGUAUUGUGCAUUCUGCAGGCUCCACUGAAGGUCUACUGGGUCCCACCAUCAAGCCCCCUACAGUGCCUCAAACGUCAUCCACUCAAAGAAAUGUUUCAACUAAACCUGCUCACUGGCCUUCUACUAAGUAUUUUAAUGUAUCUAGCUUUCCAAAAGAUGUCUCAAGCACCACCUCUAGCAUUCCAGGCACUGUAUUAAUCACUGCCUCUAGCAACAUCACUAGCUUUCCAGGCACCAUUGCUAGCAUUCAAGGCCCAGUUGCUAGCAUUCUGGGUACUGUCUCAAGCAGCAUCUCUAGCGUUCCAGGCACAGUCUUUAACAUUAGUAGCAUUCCAGGCACUGUCACUAGCAUUCCAGGGACUGUAUCAACCACCAUCUCUAGUAUGCCAGGCACAGGCUCUAGCAUACCAGGCACCAUCGCUAGCAUGCCAGACGCAGUUUCUAGCAACAUCACUAGCAUGCCAGGCACAGGCUUGAGCACCAUUGCUAGCCUUCCGGGCACAGUCACUAGCAAUAGUAGCGUUCCAGGCACUAUAUCAAGCAACAUUUCUAGCAUGCCAGGCACCGUCACUAGCAUUCCAGGCACAGGCUUGAGCGCAGUUGCUAGCGUUACAGGCACUGUCAGUGUUCCAGGCACUGGACCAAUCACCGCCUCUAGCACCAUCGCUAGCUUUCCAGGCACCAUUGCUAGCAUUCAACACACAGGCUUGAGCACAGUUGCUAGCGGUCCGGGUACCAUCACUAGCCGCAUCUCUAGCAUUCCAGGCACCAUCUUGAGCAACAUCCCUAGCAUGCCAGGCACUGUCACUAGCAUUCCAGGCACUGUAGCAACCACUGCCUCUAGCACCAUCUCUAAUAUAUCAGGCACCUUCGCUAGCAUUCCAGGCAACAUCGGUAGCAGGCCGGGCACAGGCUUGAGCACAGUUGCUAGCGUUCCAGGCACUGUCACUAGCAACAUCUCUAGCAUUCCAGGCACUGUCUCAAGCACAGUUGUUGGUGUUCCAGGCACUGGAUCAAGCAACAGCUCUAGCAUAACAGGCACAGUCUUGAACACUGGUAGCAUUCCAGGCACUGUAUCAAGCACAGCCUUAAGCAACAUUUCUAGCGUUCCAGGCCCAGUUGCUAGCGUUUCAGGCCCAGUUGCUAGCGUUUCAGGCCCAGUUGCUAGCGUUUCAGGCCCAGUUGCUAGCGUUCCAGGCCCAGUUGCGAGCGUUCUGGGCACCGCCACUAGCAACAGCUCUAGCAUUCCAGGCACAGCCUCUAGCAUUCCAGGCACCAUCACUAGCAUGCCAGACGCAGUUUCUAGCAAUAUCGGUAGCAUGUCCGGCACAGGCUUGAGCACCAUUGCUAACGUUCCGGGCACAGUCACUAGCAACAGCUCUAGCAUUCCUGGUACCGCCUCAAGCAUUCCAGGCACUGUCUCAAAGACCAUUAAUCCCACUACAGUGCUUCAGACACCAGUGGCCACUACCAGAUGCACCCGCAGAUGUUUUGCAUUGCAACCUGCUUUCCAGCCUUCUGUUGCGUCCAAAGCUGCCAGCUAUCCAAACGACAUCUCAAAGGAAGAGCCAGAGGGUCAUCAACGCUAA